GGAGCCGGCUGCCGCUGAGGUGAGGUGAGGACGGGAUCCCUGCGGUUUCCCCUCACGGGCUCGAACGAGCCGCCAUGGCGGAGAAGCCGGAAGACUUGAACUUGCCCAACGCCGUCAUUACCAGGAUCAUCAAGGAGGCGCUCCCCGACGGCGUCAACAUCUCCAAAGAAGCCCGGAGUGCCAUCAGUCGGGCAGCCAGUGUGUUCGUGCUCUAUGCCACGUCUUGUGCAAACAAUUUUGCAAUGAAAGGGAAAAGGAAGACCCUGAAUGCAGGUGAUGUGCUGUCAGCAAUGGAAGAAAUGGAGUUCCAGCGGUUCAUGUCUCCUUUGAAAGAAGCUCUAGAAGCAUACAGGCGAGAGCAGAAAGGUAAAAAGGAAGCCUCCGAGCAGAAGAAGAAGGACAAGGACAAAAAGUUGGACUCCGAAGAACAAGACAAGAACCGGGAGGAGGACAACGAUGAGGAUGAUGAAAGAAUGGAAGAAGAAGAACAGAAUGAUGAUGAUGAAGUAGACAAUUGACCUGGAUGGGGAAAAGGGUAGUAGACAGCUUGCAGUCAGCUUCUACUCUCCCUCCAUGGCUCAUUGACCCUUGGCUAUAACUGUUCUGGUACUGGAGGGCGUGAGAAACCCCAGAAGAACUCUUUGAAAUUGUCCCAGCACCAAAACACCUGCCCCACUGCCCCUCCUCCCCCCAUGUUGGGGACCCCUUAAGCCCUGAUUUGCAUAACCCAGUGAUGGGAUGUGGCCUUUGACUAUCUGGAUUCUGACCUGCUACUAAAUUGCAGUGCCCAAUCUUUCCAGUUUGGCAGGACUAUAUGUAGCCAUCCCAUCUAUCCCAUUUCCCCUUCUAUGUCACCUGAGUCACCGAAGCUUCUGAAAGAAAUGCUGGCUGUAUGCAGGGAGAGCUGGUUAGCUUGAACAUAGCUUGUGAAAGAAAGGGCCUGGAGAACUGGAUUCAGGUCACCAUCAGAAAGGUUUGGGGGAAGAAUGAGGUUGUCUUGGCUGUUGCCUGGACUAAUUUAAAAAUCUCUCAGCAAAGCCCUGAUUUUUGUUCUUGCAGUUCUCUUCUAGAUCUUUAGGGUUGAGGAUUCCAUUGCUGGUUGGCAUAGUCAUCCUUACCAGCCCAUACUUUCCCACUUCACAUCCAUUUUACAUUUACUUUGCCGCCCAAGGGUCAGGUCUUAAAUGAUCAUCCUAACAUCAAAAAGUCAUUUUAGUGUUUGAUUCCUUUUCCCCUUCUGCCUACUUUUCAGAGUGUGUCACCAUUUGUGUGCCUCUCACGUAACGCUUGGAAACAGACCCAAGCUUUCCAUACUAUAUGAUAAGGACCUGGUGUCCCCAUCUUCUGCUUCCUACCUUCCCUUAUUGAGUAAACUGUCCAUUCAGUUUUUCUUUGGUACAUUCCCCAGGCUAAUGGGGAAGAGAACCUCUUGUGCUCCUACCCCAGAUCCUCUCUUCACAGGGUCACCCCUGUAAAGGGGAGGCUCAGCAAGCCACACUGUGUUCAUGAUUGUGUGAGUACGGCAGCCCUGCUCAAGGGCCAGAAACUACAUCCCAGAGAUACCCAGACAGGUGUGCUCUUCAGGUGUGAACCAGGGCAUACGGCAGAUGUGCAGUCAUGGUGGACAGUAGUAGUAGAGGUAAUAUUUAUUAAAGCACUUACUGUUUGCAGAGCACCACACUAAGUUCUUGGGGGAAAAAAAAGUACCCAGGUGGGAAUUAGACAUGGUCCCUGUCCCUUGAGGGGUGUCAGAGUGCUUGUGCACAGAAGGGUAGCAAUUUUCUCAUCUAUCUCCAAGAACUCAGUUCUUCCUCCAGGCCCCCAGUGCGCUCACUUUCUGUUAGGAAAUCACACUGUUUGCUUUGUUUCCCAAGACUCAUCCUGUUUAGUCUCAGAAAGCCAGAGUUUAUCCGGUUGUUUGAUUCCACUCUCAUGCCUUUGAAAACAGCUUGGAAAACCACCACACCUUAAGCCCAAUGUGAUGGUGUUCAAGGAAUCUCAUUCCCCAGAGUAAAUUUCCUUCCUCUUGCUGCUUUGUGAAGUAACUGGGAUGGAAAUCUUUGGUUCCUUUGGACUUUCCAUACAAUUCUCCCCAAGGAAUGUUUGUCUCAGUUUUGGAAUGAUUCCCAACGAUUGAAUGGUUAUUCCUGGAAGACCACAGCUAAACUGUUGCUUUAAGAAAGAGAUUCACCGUUGUAAAUACAUUCCAAUUCCUAUGUGCCGCUUAUAAAACUAGGCAGGAAUCUGGGACUGAAAAUGCCUGGAACCUAAUUCCAGCUGCAGCAGAUAUUUCUGCCCAGUCUCAAGUAUUUUCUGAGAUGCCUUUUCCUAUAAGAUAGUGAAUGUGAGUCCCCUCUGGCAAGAGUAUAGUAAAGAGAAAUAAAGUUUUGGCAUAACGUUCACUUAUUCUCCAAAGUUAAGAUGAAACAAUCUCAUUUUUACCCUAUGUUCUGAUGAGUAAUUUGUUUUUUAUAUAAAUAAAAAUCUAAUGAAAACUUUAA